AUGGGCAACAGUGGUUGCUGUGGGGAUCGGUCAUCAGACACAGCCGUGGAGGAUGGCAAGGCCAUGUACACCUACGCAGAGACUCUCAAGUUCCCCGAUGGCGUCGCAGCAGAGAAGCUCGACGAGGCGGAGCUGGAGACCAGCGGGCCUUCCAUGAAGAAGGCUGUGGAGUCCAUCUUGGCCGCGAAAGAGUCGGUUCCAGUUUUCAAGGAGCUGCUGAGCGACAUCAAAGCAAUGCAGAAGCCGAGCCAGAAGUUGGAUCUCGAUGAGGUAGCGGAGAAAGUUCAAGAAGCAUCCGACAAGCUGGCAGCGUCCAAAAUCCAUCUGUAUCUCUGCAGCGUCCAACAGAAAGUGACCGAGGCCAAGGAUCCCGAUCUGGCGAAGAGCAGUGCCCACUUCAAGUGGAUCCUGGUGAUUGACCGGGAGGCGGCUCCGGACUUCAAGGUCAUGCACGCGUACACGCCGGUGAUUUCUCCAAAGGGCACCGAGAAAGAAAAGACGUGCGCCGUCAUGUAG